CUGCCCCUGCCUGUCUGCCCGCCUGCCUGCCUGCCUGCCAGCCCGAGUUUCAGAGUUUCACUCUGGCGGAAAAGUUUGCAUCAUGAUCAGUGAAGUGAUCUGCUGAUCUGAGAGAAAGGAGAGAUUUGAGCCAUGAUGAGCGGGACGGUGGUCGACAGCGGCAGUCCCACUGCUGCAGUCCCGGAUGAACUCUCAGGACAAAUACUGGACGAGGACGAGGAUUUUGAGGUUUUCUGUAAGGAUUCAACCUUCACGGACGGAGGCUCUUUGAAUGCCUCCAUGCAAACCUCCCCUGGCUCAAUGGUCAAUCAGUACAAGUUUGAGGAGGAGGAAGAGCAGCCUGACACUAAAGACAUUUUCGUCACAGUCGAUAACCCUGAAAGCCAUGUGACUGCCAUUGAGACUUUUAUUACAUACAGGGUUUUGACCAAGACCACCCGUAGUGAGUUUGACUCCAGUGAGUAUGAAGUCCGCAGGCGCUACCAAGACUUCUUUUGGUUAAAAAGCAAGCUGGAGGAGGCUCAUCCCACGCUUAUUGUUCAUCCACUGCCAGAGAAGUUUGUGAUGAAGGGAAUGGUGGAGAGAUUCAAUAACGACUUCAUUGAGACCAGAAAGAGAGCGCUGCACAAGUUUCUCAACAGAAUAGCUGAGCAUCCUAUUCUCUCCUGCAGUGAGGAUUUCAAGAUAUUUCUCACAGCACAAGCCUGGGAGCUGGCCUCUCACAAGAAACAAGGACCUGGUUUGUUGAGCAGAAUGGGAGAUACGGUACGAGCAGUUGCUGCAUCAGUCAGAGGUGUCAGAAACCGGCCAGAGGAGUUCAAUGCCAUUCAGGACUAUGUGGAGUCAUUCAGUCAGAAAAUGACCUCACUGGACAAAAUCACCCAAAGGAUCAUCAGAGAAAAAAAAGAGUAUCUUGAGGAGCUGAGGGAGUGUGGACCCACCUACACUCUGUGGUCGGGCUCAGAGGAGGAGCUGGUGGAGCCUCUGAAGCAGAUGGCAGGUUGCUUGGACAGGUGCUGCAGAGAGACUGAAGAGCAGGUCCAGCAGCUCGGCAACAACCUGCUUCCAAUCCUGCAUGAGUAUGUGCUCUGCACAGAGACACUCAAGGCAGUUCUUCGGAGACGAGACAACAUCCAAGCGGAGUUUGAGGCUAAAAAUGAGGCUCUUGCCACUAAGAGGACAGACACGGAAGCAGAUCCUAAGGUGCUGAGUUUAGCAUGGGAAAGUCUGGUGGGCAAAGACCCAGAGGAGGCCAAACAGCAGAAACAUCAGAAGCUUAAAGGAGAGAUUAAAGAGAUGAAGGAGGAGAUUGAUAAGCUGGAGGACAAGCUGGAGUUUGCCAACAACACACUAAAAGGGGACUGGGGCCGCUGGAAGAAGAGCAUGCGGGCCGAUCUGAGAGCAGCCUUCAUUAACACAGCGGAGAAGAACGUGGAACACUAUGAAAAGUGCCUGGCAGUGUGGGAGUCAUUCCUGCUGUCUCAGAGGACCGAGGCCAAUGAAGGAGACGACGGAGACAGAGACGAUUCUUAAUCUCCCAUGAUGCAUUUAGCCAAACCGUGAUGACCAAAGACAAGUUUUUUUUUUUUACGAGUCCAAACUGUGCAGCAAUAUUACCACCACUGCUGGAGAUAUCUCAGUAUGAACUCAACUGUACCUUAUCUUCAGCUGACCAUGGGUGUGGAGAUUAGUAAUGGACUCAUUAUGGUUCUCCCAUCCUCUAAUACCAUGAGUUUACCUGAAGAAUGCCUGAUAUUUUUUUUCUUGCAACAAUUUGUUGACAAUAUGAAAACAAAAAUACAAAUAUUUUAUAUCAAUACUUUUUUUUUGGUUUAUUAUAAGCAUCAGAUGCACUAUUGGGUUUUUAGAUUUGAAAAUAAAAAGAUUUUUCAACUGAAUAUAAA